CUGCGCACACCAAACCGCCCCCCAUCCCCCCCCCUCUCUCUCUCUCUCUCUCUCCCCCCCCCCCCCCGACCCGCCUGCCGCGCCCGCCCGCGCGCAGCCGCCGCAUCCCUCGGACUCCGACCUGCCUCCUCACGGGCUCGCCGUCCCUCCUCCCGCUCCGCCGCCGCAGCAGGUCUUUUGGCCCUUCUAGAAACUGAAGCUCAGCUCAAAACCUCAUCAUUCUCCUCUCAGUCUUGAAAGUGGCGAGAAAUGGAUCGUGAUGAUGUAGCUGGAUUUGUUAGUGGAGGUUGCAAAAAUUUCUGCGGAGACUUCUAAGUUCUAACCCAGUAGGUGACAAUAGAGUUUUGAUUUCCGGAAGUCAGGCAGCGGGUUCUUUUCAUUUCAUAUUUGGUUAUGUUUCUUGAUUGGAAUGGACAGGGCCUCCCCAAACCUUGGAUCUGGUAGUAAUAUUAACUCCCUGAACAAUCUUUGUCACUGGAGCACAGUUGAGCAAGCAGUUGAAAACCAAGAUACUGCCAUUGACAUACUUUUGGAUUCCAACUUCUCUAAGGACAAUCCAAGAGCAUUGAAAAGGAAGUGGAUUGAUAUGGCUGGAGUUGAAGUUCCUGAAAAUCCACUGCUCACCCUUGGUUUGGGCCGUUCACCAAGUUCCUCCGAAAAUAGCAAAGUUAGCUCCCCCACAGCUUGCAUAAUGUCUCCAUCUUCAGUCAAAGAGACUGAUGAGGAGUCAUCAAUGGAUCUUGGUCUAAAUUUCAAUCUUUGUCUUGGUCAUGAUAUGGUACAUCAUCACAAGAAACCACAUGCUGGUGCUGAACACAUGCCAUCAGCAAGAGCUCCAAAAUUGGAUCUUCAGUUAAGUUUGUCCACCUGUUCGCCUGAAUCAGCUGUGACCAAUGCAAGUACUGCAUCAUUAGAUGUUCAUCAUGGCUUAGAGACAGUGGUGCCUAACUCGGUGACAGAUACUAUCGGGAGAAAAUCAGAACCCUCUAGUUGGGUUUUCGGGCAUUAUAUGGCUUCGUCAUCAUAUGCUUCUGAAGCAACCUACAGCUUUUCUUUGGGAAAAAUACCUCAAAAGGUUGAUGAUGCUGUGCCUUCCCCAGAUGUCUCAUCAGCCAUUACAGCGAGUGUGAAAAGCCCAGCUGCCUGUACUUCCGGGGCAACUAACCCCCUAAAACGCAACACAAAUACUAAAUGCUGUCAGUUCCCAGGAUGUGAAAAAGGAGCAAGAGGAGCCUCUGGGUAUUGUAUAACCCAUGGUGGCGGGAGGCGAUGCCAAAAACCUGGUUGUCAGAAGGGAGCUGAGGGAAAGACCAUCUAUUGCAAAGCUCAUGGUGGUGGUAGGAGAUGCCAGUACCUUGGUUGCACCAAGAGUGCCGAAGGUCGCACUGACCACUGCAUAGCUCACGGUGGCGGUCGCCGUUGUAGUCAGGAAGGCUGUUCACGUGCCGCACGUGGAAAGUCUGGCCUGUGCAUCAAGCAUGGAGGCGGCAAGAGGUGCCAGAGGGAGAACUGCAAGAGAAGUGCAGAAGGAUAUUCGGGCCUUUGCAUCUCACAUGGCGGUGGAAGGCGUUGUCAGUUUCCGGAUUGUACAAAGGGUGCCCAGGGAAGCACAAAGUUCUGCAAGGCACAUGGUGGAGGGAAGCGCUGUACAUUCCCAGGUUGUACCAAGGGAGCUGAAGGUAGCACUUCUUUCUGCAAGGGGCAUGGUGGAGGUAAGCGCUGCUCCCACCAGGGUGGUGGUGUAUGCCCAAAGAGUGUCCAUGGUGGGACGCAAUACUGUGUUGCUCACGGUGGUGGGAAGAGGUGUUCAGUUUCAGGCUGUACCAAGAGUGCUAGAGGGAGGACAGAAUACUGUGUGCGCCAUGGUGGUGGUAAGAGAUGCAAGUUCGAGGGUUGUGCAAAAAGCGCGCAGGGGAGCACAGAUUUCUGCAAGGCACAUGGAGGUGGCAAACGCUGCUCAUGGGGCCAGGAGGGUUCAAGCUUUGGUGUCGGCGAGGCGCCGUGCGAUAAAUUUGCUCGGAGCAAGAUUGGUCUCUGUGCAGCUCACAGUGCUUUGAUUGAGGACCAUUGUGUCCAUGGUGGUGGCUCAUUGGGUCCUGCAAUCAAACAGUUUACGACUGAUGCCAAACCUGAUGAGAUGAAGAUUGCUGCAACAAAAGGCGAUGUGGACAUGGCAAACGGUGGCGAUGAAGACAUCAUGGUAUGGGGCGACCAUGUCAAUCCGACGGACCGCGGCACAACCCCGUUUCCAGAAGGCAGGGUCCACGGCAGUGGGCUGUUAGCUCUAUUCUCUGGAAGAAGUGCUAGCGCCAGUGGCGCUGAGAAUGGCGCCUCAACUUCUGCUUCCAUGCGCUCCUGGAUGUAAUGUGAGGGAUGUAAAAUUUUCAUCGAGGAGGACUGCUCCCUGUAUUCUGUUUUGUGGCGAGCCGAGGGUAGUAUUGUUGUCUCGCAGGCACCAGAGGUUGAUGUCGGGGAUUCACAUAAAUGGCUAUCCCGUGUAGCAGAAAUAAGGGGUAGCCAACUUGUAUUGUGAACUAUUUUGGGUUAUUGUAAUUAGUGUUGUUGUGGUGUCCUCGCUGUGGAUCACGUCCACGCUGUGUGCUGUUCCCAGACUGCUGUUAGCAGGAAUUUCCUUUUUCAUUGUGAAGAGUUUCUCUUGUAGUUGGUGUCAUAAACUUUGCGAGUUUGGCGUCUCAAGUGAAGAGCAUUAAAAAUUCAGUCA